ACCAGACCUGACCGGACACAGCGCCGGGAUGUCCAGCUCGAUGAGGGGUCGCCUGCGAUCGUCGCACAGCACCAGCGAUGAACAGUUCCGUCUGGGAGAGUGCCGUAAGUGUGGCCAACACUCGCACAACCAGUCGCUGAUCACGUGCUCGCUGUGCGAGAUUCAAUACCACCCGAAGUGUCUAUCGCUGGGCCCACACGUGGCCACUACGGCGGGCAACGGCUGGUCGUGUCGUCGCUGCCGGAACUGUCAAUACUGCGGCAAAAAGCACGUGAAAGCGGGUCCCAAGUCGGCCACCGGUGGCCAACGUAUGAUCGCGUGCGUCGAGUGCGACACCGGCGCCCAUCCCCUUAGCUCUGAUGAGGAGGACGUCGGCGACGAUAUGGACAGCGAUAGCGUUACCGCCGUCUCCACCACCGCCUCCCCGGCCACGAGUGCGUCGACGGCGACCACAACACCGCCUAAACCGGUCAAAGGCCGCCGCGGGGGCCGCAGACCGGGCGCCGGGCGUCGGAGUCGCGCCGCUCAACAACGGGAGACACGGCUGACCCGCUCGAUGACUAAACAGUCGUCCACCGAAACGCCGCCCAAAGGCCACCAAACGGGCGCCGAAGACGACGAUGUGAUCACUAAAGGGUCCGACGAAGAGAUGCUGAGCGAUACGGCUGUCGCCGGCGGCUCCGGGAGGUCCGCCGCGCCGGCCGUUAACGGCAAACGAAAACGUAAAAAGAGAGGUCGUGGCGCCGCCUCCUAUAUGGCUCGUAUGCGCACAAAAUCGCUGAUCAAAACCACCGGCUCUGAGGCCAAGUCGGCGAAAGUGGCGGCCAAAGCGGGAACCGCUGGCGGCGGACAUCACCAUCACGUGGACUCCGACGCCGACUCGUCGGAUUUGGACAUGCAGUCCGACGGCAAGUGUUGCGUUCCCGACUGCGACAGCACCGGACACAUGAGCGGCAAGUUUGACGCUCACUCCACGCUCAACAUGUGUCCCAUCUAUCAUAACCUGACCGCCGAUGACUGCCGCCAGCGGUACGUAAGGCGCGCUCAACGGCGCGGCGAUAAGUCCACCGCCGGUGACCACGAGUCCAAUCGGCGUGAAUUGAGACAAAAGACGGCGCCCGUAUCGCCCACAACCUCGACAUCCGGUGCCGCCGCCGCUGUCAGCCCCGGGAACCGAGAGGACAAGUGUUUGGCGCUAAUGGAGACCCGGAGGAAGGAGAUGCAGAAGGAAUUGGUGGCCAACAAGUCGCCCACCAAAGCGCACAAACAAAAGACAUCGAGCCGAGAGCCGGACCUGAAAGGGCUGACACCCAUAUUCGACGUGGAUCUGUUCCGCGAGGCUCAGGCCCGGGCGGCCGAACUCAUUCAGGAACAGUUGGUCACCGAACGAGAGGCCAAACAUCGGGCCGGUAUAGGUCUGGUCGAGUUGGGCCGCUAUGAGAUGCAGGUGUGGUACUCCUCUCCCUAUCCCGAAGAGUACCAGUGCUUACCGAAGCUCUAUGUGUGCGAAUUUUGCCUGAAGUACACCAACAGUCCGCUGAUUCUCAAACGCCACUUACAUAAGUGCGUCCGUCGGCACCCGCCGGGCGACGAGAUCUACCGCAAGGCAAACGUGUCGUUCUUCGAGGUCGACGGCGAGACCAAUAAGCAGUUCUGUCAGAAUCUGUGCCUUUUGGCCAAACUAUUCCUCGACCACAAGACACUGUACUUCGAUGUCGAGCCCUUCCUCUUCUACAUUAUGACCGAAGCCGACGCCGAGGGCUGUCAUAUCGUCGGCUACUUCUCGAAAGAGAAACAGUCAUUCCUAUCGUAUAACGUG